AUGCCGCUCAACGUCGUCGUCACCGGCGCGAACGCCGGCCUCGGCUUGGAGCUCUGCAAGCAGCUCACGGCGCGCGGGGACGUCGUGUACGCGUCGUGCCGCGCGCCCACGGCCGAGCUGGAGGCGGUCGGCGUGAAGAAGAUCAUCCACGACGUGGACGUGACCGCGGACGACGCCGGGGACCGGCUCGCGCGCGCGCUCGACGGCGUCCGCGUGGACGCGGUGAUCAACAACGCCGGCGGCCUCGGAAGCAACCCGGGGCGGAGCUGGGACGAGCAGUUCGAGGACCAGAAGUUCGCGACGCUGGACUUUCGCGUGAUGCAGCGCGCGUUCGAGGUGAACACGCUCGGGCCGAUCCGCGUGACGAAGGCGCUGACGCCGAAACUGAAGGAGAGCAAAGGGAAGGUACUGAUCGUGACGAGUUUGAUGGGGAGCAUCAGCGACAACGGCAGCGGCGGCGCGAUGGCGUACAGAUGCGCGAAAGCCGCGGUGAACAUGGCGGCCGCGACGAUGGCGAGCGAAUUGAGAGAGGCGGGCGUCGCCGUGGGCUUGGUGCACCCCGGGAUGUUGAAGACGAACUUCGGCGGCGGCACGCCGCCGGCGAACAUGAUGAAGUGGUUCAAGCCCGUGGAGGGCGGCGGGAGAGGGGUGCUCAUGGCGUUGGACGCGCUCACGAUGGAGACCACGGGGAGUUUCGUUCACGGGAACUACGGCGAGGGUUUGAAGCCGUGCCCGUGGUGA